UAUUUUAGAUGCGUGCAUGGCAUGGAAGACAACAUGUAUAUAAGGAAGAUAGAGCUUGGCCUUUGAUUGACGAUUUCAAUCGCGAUAACAGUCCUUUUAUUUCUUCUUCGUGUACCAAACCCCCUAUACCGGUGAUCUUUAAUUCUUUUUGAGAUUUAAGUUAUACUUUAUAGAAUUCCUCUUUUUCUGAAUUCUUUUUGAGAUUAGAAGUGGAGUAGUGCUCUGAUUGAUCUAUUGGCGGCUGAUUAGGUUUUCGUAUGAUUUUUGAGUUGGAAUUUCAGUAUAUACUUCGAUCAUUAUGGUUGAUUAUCAGUAUAUACUUCGAUAAUUAUGGUUGAUUAUCUAUCUUGAAAGAAGUUGAUAUUUUGAAGUUAAGAGUUUUGGGAUGGCUUCAAAGCGAAUUAACAAGGAAUUGAAGGACUUGCAGAAGGACGCUCCAGCAUCCUGCAGUGCAGGUCCUGCGGGUGAUGACAUGUUCCAUUGGCAAGCAACUAUAAUGGGUCCAACAGACAGCCCAUAUGCUGGAGGUGUAUUCUUGAUAUCUAUACACUUUCCUCCUGAUUACCCAUUCAAGCCACCCAAGGUUUCUUUCAAGACAAAAGUUUAUCACCCAAACAUCAAUAGCAAUGGGAGCAUAUGCCUUGACAUUCUCAAGGAACAAUGGAGUCCUGCACUUACAGUUUCAAAGGUUUUAUUGUCAAUAUGUUCUCUGCUGACAGAUCCAAACCCAGAUGAUCCUUUAGUGCCUGAGAUUGCUCAUGUCUAUAAGACAGAUAGAGCCAAGUAUGAGACUACAGCUAGAUCAUGGACCCAGAAAUAUGCUAUGGGGUAGAAGCCAAUUUAUUUGCUUAGAUUAUAGAUUUUGGUGGUAUAAAUGGGUUUUCUUGGGUUCAUGUUUACCAUUUGUUAAGUAGCAUAUGCAAACAAAACUAUAUUUUUUUAUUUGCAGCUUAAUAAUCUAUUAGACAUUUAGGUUUCUCA